AUGGCUGACAUGAAUUCUGUCGUCGACAGUCAGAGUAAAACUACGGUGAGUUUGUCGUGUUAUGAUAUCUAGACACUAGGUUUACGUAUGGUACAUUUACUGGUAAUUUACGCUAAAGCGAACAUUUAAUCAUUUAUAUUGGACAGCUGUAUCAGUUCUCGCUAGAGGACAAGUCUAUCAGUCCUUAUUGUUCUCGUGUUAUUCUACAGGAGGAAACCUAAAGUAAACUACUACGUUAUUUAUACUGCCCCAUACCUCGAUCAGUUCUAAACAGUUGUCACUUCGCGUUUAGAAUAAGGACAAUCCCUUAUUGCCCCAUGCAGUGUAAGCUCUGGAAUGGAUUUACUCCUGGAGUGCAGGGGUGUGGGCAACACACUCUGGACCUAGCCGGAUCAAUCCAUGACGAGCUACCUAAUUAGCCAAACUCAUUUUAUAUAUACUGGACGUUUAUAGUUCUUUGAGUUCUGUCGAAGCUAUUUUCGUUCAACUUCCAGUAUAAGGACCACCUUGUAUUGCUAAUUGUGUUAUUGUAUCCUCAACAAAUCUUUGUCAUUUUUUAUUAGCCUUCUCAGGUGACCUGUGGUUCUGCAGGUAUCCCAGGUAUCCCUGGAAUUCCAGGAAAUCCCGGAAGAGAUGGUAUACCCGGGUCACGUGGUCCUUCGGGAGCAAAAGGGGAGCCUGGGGAGAGAGGAGAUGAUUACGUAGAUCUGGUGAAGUCAAAUUGGAAACAAUGUGUUUGGAAGAGAAGUGAUACCAAAGACACUGGCUUGAUACAGGUUUAA